UUCCUGCGUGCAAGGUGCGCUGUCUUGCUCUCUUACCUUUCAACUUUCUCUCUCCGCAAUUCUAGAGACAGAUUCGCCAACCCGAAGCCUCUCUCUCUCUCUCUCUUUCAUAAUCUCAUUGCCAUUCCCAUUAUUUUAUCGACAAAAAUACAGCUGAAUUCGAUUUUAGGAGCUAUUCUCAAUUUUUGCUUCUCUCUCUCUCUCGACCCAACAACACCCAACUACUAAUCUUUCAGAUCUGGCCUUUGACACCUUCGUCUUGGGUCCAGUUCGAUCAGCAGGACGCUAAGAAAAUUUGGAGUUUCCUUGUAUUGAAGAGAAUUUUGCAUCCUGAACUAAAGUUGCAAUGAAGAAGGCAUUUGAUCAAACAGUUCGGGAUAUUAAGAGGGAGGUGAAUAAGAAAGUUCUCAAGGUUCCUGGAAUAGAACAGAAGGUUCUUGAUGCUACUAGCAAUGAGCCCUGGGGUCCUCAUGGAUCUCUUCUCGCUGAUAUUGCACAGGCUACCAGAAACUAUCAUGAGUACCAGAUGAUUAUGUCUGUAAUCUGGAAGCGCAUCAAUGAUACGGGCAAGAAUUGGCGGCAUGUUUAUAAGGCUUUGACUGUUUUGGAAUAUUUGGUAGCCCAUGGGUCAGAGCGUGUCAUAGAUGAGAUCAGGGAACAUGUGUAUCAAAUAUCGACCUUGUCCGAUUUUCAAUAUAUUGAUUCUGGUGGGAGGGACCAGGGAAGCAACGUCAGAAAGAAAUCUCAGAGUCUUGUGGUUCUAGUGAAUGAUAAAGAAAGAAUACAAGAAGUGAGACAGAAGGCUGCUGCUAACAGGGACAAGUUUCGCAGCACAUCAAUGGGUGGUAUGUACAAGCCAAGUUCAUAUUCAGGUUCAGGAGGAUAUGGUGACCGAUAUGAUGAUGAUCGUAAUGAAGGCCGUUAUGGAAGUAGAGAUGAUGAUCGGAAUGGUUAUGGGAGAGAAAGAGAAGGGAGCUAUAGGGAUGAUGACCGCUAUGGUAGGUAUGGGGACUCGUAUGGUCGUGAUGGAGAUCGCUAUGGUAGAGAUUCCGAUGAACGUUAUAGCAGAGAUGGUUACAGGGAUGAUGAUCACCAGGGAAGAAGUCGAAGCAUUGAUGACUACCAGUAUAGCUCGAGAGGUAGGAGCUCCGACAGAGAAAGGGACCGUGCUUAUGAUGAUGAUGGUCAAUAUUCAUCCAACAGAGGAAGUGGUGCUAGAGCUGAUGACCAUUCCCAAGAUGGAAGUUAUUCAGGCAAGCGGCUUGACCGGAAAUUUUCUGAACAAAAUCUUGGUGCUCCUCCUAGUUAUGAAGAGGCUUUGGGCGACGCUCGUAGCCCUGCUCACAGUGAAAGGGGUGGAGAAACUUCAGCAGCAUCUGCUCCCAAAACAUCUGCUUCUGUGGGCACUAGUCCAAGCCAAGCAACCCCUGCUCCUGCCACGUCUGCAGCUCCUGCUUCUGCUUCCCCUGUCCCUGUCCCUGCUCCUGCUCGUGCCCCUGCCUCUGCCCCUGCUCCUCCUGCAAACAAGGAAGUUGAUGGCUUUGAUGAAUUUGAUCCACGCGGUUCAUUUUCAGCUGCCCGAACUACCUCAAAUGGUGCUGAAAUGGACUUACUCGGUUCUUUGUCAGACUCAUUGGCUAUAGUACCAGUUACAACAUAUGCAGCUGCAACCCCUGAAGUUAAUGCCCCAGCGAACUUCAGCUCUGGACCCACAUUUGCAGCCACGGCAGCAUCCACUGUCACAAACCAGCCUUUUGAAGACCCAUUUGGCGAUGGUCCUUUUAAAGCUCUCCCUUCUACAGGUGCUUCCCCAGCUCAACCCCAGAAUAUUGCUCCUACAUCCGUCAAUCCCAAUGCCCAGUUCUCAACCCAAGGCUUUCCGGCCUCCAGUCAGAACGCUGAUAUUUUAGAGGGUAUUCUCCCAACAUCCGGACCUUCACAGACGGGAUUUCCAGCUCAAGUCGGCCAGCCUGCAUCAAUGAUGGGUUUUUCAGCUCAAGCGGGCCCACCUACACCACAGACAAGUUUUCCACCCAGCCAACCUGCAACACAUUCUGGUUUUCAAGGUCAACCCAGCCAACCUCAACCACAGACUGGUUUUUUGGGGCAAGCCAGCCUGCCAACAUCACAGGCUGGUUUUAUGACCGAAAGUGGCCAGCCUGCACCAAUGACAGGUUUUCCGGGUCAAACUGUCCAUCCCGCAACACAUUAUGGUUUUCCCGGUCAAACUGGCCAACCUCAACUACAGACUAGUUUUUCGGCUCAAGCUAACCAACCUGCAUCACAGCCUGGUUUUAUGACCCAAAGCGGCCAGCCUGCACCAAUGACAAGUUUUCAGGCUCAAACUGGUCAACUUGGACAGCCAACGACUUUUCCAGCUCCAAGUUCUCAAUCUGCACAGCCAAGUGCUAAUUUUUAUGGGAACUUCAACCAGCAGCCAAGAUCUGCUGCUCCGGCAGCUCCACACAUGGCUUCUCAAGCUACUGCUGGACAGACCACACAGUACAACACCGGAAACUUCCUUCCACAAACCAGUCCUGCAGUGGGACCAGCAGCACAGCAUAACAAUGAUGUCAUGGGUAAUUUCAAUCCACAAGUACAACCAACUACUACCAUAACCUCUCAACCAGGACCACUUGCUAUAGUUGCCCAACCAGCCAAGGAAAAGUUCGAGCCCAAGUCUACGGUUUGGACUGACACCCUGAACCGAGGGCUAGUCAAUUUGAAUAUAUCUGGAUCUAAAAUAAAUCCACUGGCGGAUAUCGGAAUUGAUUUUGAUGCACUAAACCGCAAGGAAAAGAGAAUGGAGAAGCCUACAACGGCAACUGUGACGUCAACUGUUACUAUGGGUAAAGCCAUGGGAUCAGGUUCUGGGAUAGGCCGUGCCGGUGCAGGUGCCAUCAGGCCUCCACCAAACUCCAUGAUGGGUUCGGGCAUGGGUAUGGGUAUGGGUAUGGGUAUGGGUAUGGGUAUGGGUAUGGGUAUGGGUGGUGCUCCUGGUGCAGCCAUGGGUAUGGGAGGCUAUGGAGGAAUGAAUCAAAUGGGGAUGAAUAGGCCUAUGAAUGUGGGCAUGGGUAUGGGUAUGGGGAUGGGUAUGGCUCAAGGACCCCAAAUGCAACCAACUGGAUUCCCUCCCGGAUCUACCAUGCCCGGUGGAUAUAACCCAAUGAUGGGCAGGGGUGGUUAUGCUCCCCAACAACCAUAUGGUGGUGGAUACCGAUGAGAUCAAGCCACCAGGUUGCAUUGAGAUUGACAAAAAGAUUGGACAGCGGGCCAGGUGGCAAUCUCCGAAUCUCUCUGAUGCAUGAUGAUGCCUGGUCCAUCCUGCUUUUGGUGUUAAGAGGUUUAUUUUUCUUUAACAGUUGUAAUUUUUUGGGGAAGCUGCUUGUAGAAAUGUAUUAUCUAUCAUGUCUUUGAUGAUCUUUUUUGUUGUAGUUGCUUUGUUUCUUUUUGGUCAUAAGAGAUGUGUAGAUGAGCUAUUAUUGGUGGUGGGUCAGUUGUGAAGUUGUAUACCAUUGAGGACAACCUUUCUGAGGUGCCUCUUUAAUACAUUCACUUUUUGUGAUUUGUCAGAUUUUAUAGUAUGGCAUGCCUACCUGCUGAAAAAUAAAAAUUGGUAAUUCAUAUUUUUGGCA